UGUGAGCGGCCCGGUCGGGGGCGGGGGCAAGAUGGCGGCGGCAGUAGGAGUCCUCGGCCGGUGUGAGCUGCCGCCGUGCUCCGGCCCAAGCUGGCUCCUCAGCCUUUCCGCCUUGCUGAGUGUGGCGGCCAGAGGGGCCUUCGCCACCACGCACUGGGUCGUCACGGAGGACGGGAAGAUCCAGCAGCAGGUGGAUUCACCAAUGAACUUGAAGCAUCCCCAUGACUUAGUCAUACUAAUGAGACAAGAAACAACAGUUAACUACCUCAAAGAAUUGGAGAAGCAAUUAGUUGCUCAAAAAAUUCACAUAGAAGAAAAUGAGGACAGAGACACGGGAUUGGAGCAAAGACAUAAUAAGGAGGAUCCAGACUGCAUCAAAGCGAAGGUGCCCUUGGGGGACUUGGAUCUGUACGACGGCACGUACAUAACUUUGGAAAGCAAAGACAUCAGCCCUGAAGAUUAUAUAGACACAGAAUCUCCUGUCCCUCCAGACCCUGAGCAACCUGAUUGCACUAAAAUUCUAGAACUUCCCUAUAGUAUACAUGCUUUCCAGCACUUACGAGGUGUACAAGAAAGAGUUAAUCUUUCGACACCUCUACUAUCUAAAGAAGAUCCAGUCUUCACGUAUUUAUCUAAACGAUUAGGAAGAAAUAUAGAUGACAUAGGUCACCUCAUUCAUGAAGGCCUACAGAAGAACUCUUCCUCGUGGGUGCUGUACAACUUGGCUUCGUUUUACUGGAGAAUAAAGAAUGAGCCGUAUCAGGUAGUGGAGUGUGCCAUGCGAGCCCUUCACUUCUCUUCCAGGCCCAAUAAGGACAUCGCCCUGGUCAACUUGGCCAAUGUUCUGCACAGAGCGCACUUCUCUGCUGACGCUGCUGUCGUGGUCCACGCAGCCCUGGACGACAGUGACUUCUUCACCAGCUAUUACACUCUGGGAAAUAUAUAUGCAAUGCUUGGGGAGUAUAACCACUCGGUGCUGUGUUACGACCAUGCUUUGCAGGCCAAACCUGGGUUUGAGCAAGCUAUAAAGAGGAAGCAUGCUGUCCUGUGUCAGCAAAAGCUGGAGCAAAAAUUGGAAGCUCAACAUAGGUCCCUCCAGCGAACACUGAAUGAGUUGAAAGAAUAUCAAAAGCAGCAUGAUCACUACCUGAGACAGCAGGAGAUCCUGGAAAAACACAAGCUGAUUCAAGAGGAGCAAAUCUUAAGAAACAUCAUCCAUGAGACACAGAUGGCAAAAGAGGCACAAUUAGGAAACCAUCAGAUAUGCCGUCUGGUCAACCAGCAGCAUAGCUUGCAUUGCCAGUGGGACCAACCCGUGCGCUACCAUCGUGGAGAUAUCUUUGAAAACGUGGACUACGUUCAGUUUGGUGAAGAUUCAUCGACCUCCAGUAUGAUGUCUGUGAACUUUGAUGUUCCAGCAAAUCAGAGUGACAUCAGUGAUUUGGUCAAGGCUUCUCCUGUAGCCCACUCUGUUCUCUGGAUCUGGGGCAGGGACUCUGGUGCAUAUAGGGACAAACAGGAUAUGCUUUGGCCUAAAAGGGCGGAUUGUGCAGAAAGCUACCCACGAGUCCCUGCUGGUGAAGAGUUGCCAACGUACUUUCUGCCUCCGGAAAACAAAGGACUCAGGAUCCACGAACUCAACAGUGAUGAUUAUCCUUCAGAAGAAGAGGCCCAAACCCCUGACUGUUCCAUAACUGACUUCAGAAAAAGCCAGACUCUGUCCUACUUAGUCAAAGAAUUAGAGGUCCGCAUGGAUCUGAAAGCCAAAAUGCCAGAUGACCAUGCACGCAAAAUUCUGCUUUCCCGUAUUAAUAACUAUACUAUCCCAGAAGAAGAGAUUGGCUCUUUCUUAUUUCACGCUAUUAAUAAGCCAAAUGCUCCUGUCUGGCUGAUACUCAAUGAAGCUGGACUCUACUGGAGAGCGGUAGGAAACAGCACUUUCGCUAUUGCUUGUCUUCAGAGAGCUUUGAAUUUGGCUCCACUUCAAUACCAGGACGUUCCUCUGGUGAACCUGGCCAACCUUUUGAUUCACUACGGCCUUCACCUUGAUGCUGCUAAGCUGCUGCUUCAAGCUCUGGCCAUCAAUAGCUCUGAGCCCCUGACCUUUUUGAGCCUGGGAAAUGCUUACCUUGCUCUGAAGAAUAUCAGUGGGGCACUUGAGGCCUUUAGACAGGCUUUGAAAUUAACUACCAAAUGCCCAGAGUGUGAAAGCAGCCUGAAGUUGAUUCGCUGUAUGCAGUUUUAUCCUUUUCUGUACAACAUCACCUCUUCUGUUUGCAGUGGUAAUUGUCAUGAGAAAACCCUGGACAACAGCCAUGACAAACAGAAAUAUUUUGACAACUCACAGUCACUGGAUGCUGCCGAAGAAGAGUCCUCUGAGACAGGAACAGAGGAGGACCCUGUACUCUCUGUUGAGAAUUCAGGGGGGGACUCAGCUGUCCUUAGACUGGAAAGUACGGUGGUGGAAGAAAGCAAUGGUUCUGACGAGAUAGAGAACUCAGACGAAACAAAAAUGUCAGAAGAGAUCUUGGCUUUAGUGGAUGAAUUUCAACAGGCAUGGCCCCUGGAAGGCUUUGGGGGACCACUGGAGAUGAAAGGGCGGCGUCUGGACCUUCAGGGGAUUCGGGUACUGAAGAAAGGUCCCCAGGACGGAAUGGCCAAAAGCUCUUGCUAUGGAGACUGCAGAAGUGAAGAUGACGAAGCAACAGAAUGGAUCACAUUCCAGGUCAAACGGGUGAAGAAACCCAAAGGAGAGCAUAAAAAAACCCCGGGGAAGAAGAUAGAAUCAAAUCAAGCAGAAAAUGCACAUCGCUACCAAGCCAACCUGGAGAUCACGGGCCCGAAGGUGGCAUCUCCUGGGCCACAAGGAAAGAAGCGUGACUACCAGAGUCUGGGGUGGCCCAGCCCAGAUGAGUGCGUCAAACUCCGCUGGGUAGAGCUGACUGCCAUCGUGAGUACCUGGCUUGCAGUUUCUUCAAAAAACAUCGACAUCACAGAACACAUAGACUUUGCCACUCCAAUCCAGCAGCCAGCGAUGGAGCCUGUUUGCAAUGGCAAUCUCCCCACCAGCAUGCACACCCUGGACCACCUGCAUGGGGUUUCCAACCGAGCCAGCCUACACUACACAGGCGAGAGUCAGUUGACAGAGGUGUUACAAAACCUUGGCAAAAACCAAUAUCCACAGCAGUCACUUGAACAGAUUGGCACCCGAAUUGCCAAAGUUUUGGAAAAGAACCAGACGUCCUGGGUCCUCUCCAGCAUGGCUGCCCUCUACUGGAGGGUGAAAGGCCAAGGCAAGAAGGCCAUCGACUGUCUGCGCCAGGCCCUCCACUACGCGCCACACCAGAUGAAGGACGUGCCCCUGAUCAGCCUGGCCAACAUCCUGCACAACGCCAAGCUCUGGAACGACGCCGUCAUCGUGGCCACCAUGGCGGUGGAGAUCGCGCCGCACUUCGCCGUGAACCACUUCACCCUGGGCAACGUCUACGUGGCCAUGGAGGAGUUUGAAAAGGCGCUGGUGUGGUACGAGUCGACUCUGAAGCUGCAGCCUGAGUUCGUCCCGGCCAAGAACCGGAUCCAGACCAUCCAGUGCCACUUAAUGCUCAAGAAGGGACGGCGCUCUCCUUAGCCACCCUCCUUUUUCUUCCUCUUCCUCUUCCUCUUCUCCUGCUU